GAAUUAUAGGUGCACACUUAAGGGCACUUAUGAAAUUGUAUUGAUGAUUGAGGGCUUACUUGAAAUUUUACCCGACAGCCAAGAUAAGAGACAUGAGACUGGGAAAAGAAACAGUUAAUUCUGUUCAGCUACGAAAGACCCUUUUCAGAAUGGAGCUCUCAGUUCACUCUUUAACGUUUGCAUCCUACGCCAAGACAUUUGAAGACUCCUGGCCAAAAGUCCGGAGUGUGCUAGACUAUAGAGUCUGUUCUUUGGUUGAUGCAAAAUCAAAAGAAAAUAGGAGAAAAUUAGCCAUACUAUCUUCUGCACUGCCAGAAACAGCUGCUUCUGUGGCAAUUGCUGCAACAGUUGUGGGUGCAGCGGCUACAUUUCUUGUUAGGAGAACUAAAUCUUCUGAUGCAACUGAGGUUCCCUUGAGACCAUGUGAAGAUUGUGAGGGUUCUGGGAUAUGUUCAGAGUGUAAAGGUGAAGGCUUUGUAUUGAAGAAAAUGUCUGAAGAUAGUGCAGAAAAGGCAAGGAUGACUGCCAAGAACAUGGCAACUCGAUACACAGCUGGGCUUCCCAAGAAAUGGAGCUAUUGCACAAGGUGCUCUUCUUCCCGAUCUUGUAGUACUUGUGGAGGCAGUGGAAAGUUAAGCUACUAACCAUUUUGCUGCUUCAGACAAUGUUGUUCUUGCCCACAAUUUUGCCGCUCCAUGGAAGGAUAGUAUCAAAAUUUUGCCUAAGAAUAGAAGUGAGCUGACUCUUUUAUAUGUCUAUAAAUUGAUGGACAAUGUAAAUAUUAUUAUCUCUUUGAGAGAUCACAUAUGCCUUGCUUCAUGCACUUGAACUGAUAAUUAAGUGAAAAUUUUGUUACCAUAAAUAUAAUUUUCUGUUCCAUCUCACACCAGAAUGGAUCAAUA